AUGGUGUUGAGUGGCAGAGAAAGCUUCAUUCGAUUGAUCGGCAAACGGAGGCGCUUCCUUCACAAUCGCGAUUCUAUCCUCUCCGAUCCUAUUCCUAUUCCCGUUCCUAUCCAGGCUCUGGAACCCGAACAACCAUUGCAACCAAACGCAAGAGAUAAUAACCCCGAAAAUGGCGACGCAUAUUGCCCGGUUUGUGGUCGCAAGCUUCACGGCGAUAACCAACGCAUCAACUCUCAUCUUGAUGUGUGUCUAUCCCAAUCCAGAGGAAGAGGAGCGCAACGAAAACUCACCCAACGCACCCUCCUUCAGUUAAACUUCACCUACCCCGUAUCCAGUAACGGUAAUGCAGUGUCACCCGUGCUGCCUCCUCAGCAAGAAAAAGAAAUUCAGAGUAGCAAGUGCAAAGAAGAUUUUGCUGAAAAUCAAGAGGUUGAUCUUGAUUCUACGAUUAGCACCGCCUCAUACUUGCCAUUGAACAAUGAGGUGCCUGAUAAUCAUAAAAUCGACAUAUCUGGAGUGGCACUUGAAACUUUUAUCGUUGGCCGGAGAUAUACUGAUCAAGAGGAAAUAUGUCAUGGUACUACCAUCUCUCUUUUGAGAGACCCUCAAAAUGUUAAGGACCCCAAUGCCAUCAAGGUUGUUUCUGCAGAUUCUGCGGAUGGAAAAUUAUUAGGUUUUCUCCCCCGUGAGCUUGCACAAUAUCUAUCUCCUCUAAUUGAUGAGUAUGGCCUUAGAUUUCAGGGACUUGUCACUUCUUUUCCAAAACAUUCUCUUGAUGUUGUUCCAAUUCAGAUUAUGUGCCACAGAGCAUCAGAAAAUGAAAGCGAGUAUGAUAAUGAGACUUUUAAAUGCUUAUGGAAAAAUGCUCAGCAUGUUGUUGAAUUUGGAAGCAGGAAUCCUCCUUCAUCUGUAAAGUAUCAGCUGAAUUUUUCUCUUAUGCUUCAAGAGGUGUUGAGAAAUAACAUUCACCUUUUAACAGAAGAUGAAAAAACCUAUAUGGAGUCAUUCACUUUACUCUCAAAUGACAGUCAGAGGCUUUUUAUCCGGCUAUACUCUAGAAAAGGACCUUGGUUUCGCAUGUCUAGUAUAUCAUAUUCUGAAAUAGUGGAUGCUCAAAACGCAGUCAAGGAACUUGCUGAGAAAGGAUACAUAUGUUCUGUUGAAGAUGCAAAUCAACUGUGUGAAAGUGACAUGAAUGAUAUCUUGAAUAUUCUCACUGUCCCUGAGCUGCAAGAAAUUUGGUGUUUUUUGCUUAAAAAGAGUUGCAGUCGUGGGAUGAAGAAGCAGCAUCUCAUUUCAUCUCUUCUUUCUACAUAUGCAGGCGUACUAUGGACCCACCUAUCAACUAUGAUUUUGAAUAGAACUGGUUCCUGUAUUAGGAUUUCUUCAAGAGCUGAAUCUCUUAUUUGGCGUACUGAGAGACUUUUCUUCUUAAAUGGAGAACAGGAUCUUUCAUCCUUUCUACUAGUUGAUAUGGGAAAAAUAAAGUAUCCAACUUACAACUGCAUAAUAUCAGAACCAAUUUUCUCAAAUCGCAGGAAUCUGCUCUCAUAUGAAGAGGCCAUUGAAGUGGCACAAAUUAUGGAUGAAGCUCUUGAUGCAAACAGAACUGAUGUGGUAUUGAGAUGCAUAGAGAUUGCUGAAUCCCGUGUACCCACUGCUUUGCCCAUACAAUACUCGACUUCUGAAUCAGUAACUACAAUUCGUCGCUUAUUUACAGCAUCAUGGGUAUACUCCAAAGUGAUCUCAUUAGGGAUUUCCUUCCUUGAGCAAGAGCGCAGGUACAGUGAUGCAAUUGACUUACUAAAGUGGCUGCUAAAUGUUUUCACUUGUGAUGUAAGAAGAGGAUAUUGGACGCUGAGGUUAUCAGUUGACUUGGAGCACCUGAGAUGCAUUGAUAAGAGCCUUCAAGUAGCUGAAAAUGGGUUGCUGGAUCCAUGGAUACGUGCUGGUUCAAGAAUGGCACUGCAAAGGCGGGUUCUUCGCUUAGGAAAACCACCAAGGCGUUGGAGAGUUCCUAGCUUUUCUAGGUCUGCUCUGCAGAAGAUCCCUGAGGUUUAUGUUCGAGGGAGACCUUUGAAUUCUGAAUUGGGAGCAAAGAACAGAUUCUACAAUGAAGAAGGUAAGCAAUGUGGAGUGGAAGAGCUUGCUUUGCAUUAUUAUGCUGGGGAGGGUGGUGGAUGGCAAGGUGUUCAUACAGAGAGUGGGAUAUGGUUAACCAUUUUUGGGCUUCUUAUGUGGGAUGUCAUAUAUGCUGAUGUGCCAAAUGUCUUCUAUACUAGAUUUCAGAAUGCUCCUUUGGAUUUGGGUACUGAUAGCUUUUAUACAGCUAGAAAAAGCAGCAUAGAAUCCCAUCUGCAGCAAAUUCGCGAUGGCAUGGCUGAGGAGUUUCUUAUUAAGUCGUGGGAAACACAUAUCGGAACAGCUUGUAGAGGAGUUAACUGGGACCGCCAUUCUUUAGAUGAGCUUCGUGCUGCUGUUACUUGUGUUGGGGCCCCUUGUUUGGCAUCUCUCUGCCAACUUCUUGCUCAAGACUAUCGGAGCUGGUCUAGUGGAAUGCCUGAUUUGCUGCUAUGGCGUUUCCAUGGAGAAUACAGUGGUGAAGCCAAGCUUGUUGAAGUGAAAGGCCCCCGGGAUCGACUCUCUGAACAGCAGCGAGCAUGGCUACUACUGCUUAUGGAAUGUGGAUUUAUGAUCGAGGUUUGUAAAGUGAAACCUUUGUAGAACUACGAAAAUUAUAAGUUGUUUAAAACUGCUGGAGAAGCAAAUUGAAGAUUACAGCUCUUGCAAAACUUUCAUCAGAGAAGAGUUCACAAAAGUUCAUUAUUAAUUUUCAAGCAUUACUCUUCUGAAAGAAAAGGAACUGCUCUAGAUCAAAAGUGAACUACUCUAGACUGAAAUAAAGGGAGAUCUUCCAUAGGAAAAUGUGGAAAGUCUAUGAUCUGAUGAAGUAGCCCGGAUGGAAAUAUAUUGGUCCCACAUAACGAAGUAGUUGAAGGAGUUCUGGAGUAGCUGUUUCAGAUUCCAUCCUCCUGUUAUGCUUGGGCUUUCGGAUUCUCAUUGAAAUAUUCAUGCUACAAGUACAGGUCUUGCUCCUCUCUUUUCCCUCAUUCAAUUAUUUGGUUCCAAGCCUUCAUAGUCUAGACACUGGUUCUAUGUAUAUAAUUUUUUUUUGGUAAACUGGUUCUAUGUAUGUUAAGUGGGUUAUCUCGUGCAAAUUAAAUUCUUGUU